AUGGGCCAGAUGAGCCUUUGUAGUUGUGUCUCUAGCAGUAUUGCUGUUAAUGAGUCUGGCCCAAAGGUGGUUUCUAUGCUUCUUUUAAACCAGCUUGUUCCUGCAACAAAUAGCCCAAGCAUGGUGGAUGAUAUACUGCUACUCAGCCUGUGCGACCCAGUACAUGUCCUUGCACACAAUGUGCACGCAAGUAUCAAGAACAGAUUGGGCAGCGGGAAAAUCAUGACCGUCCAUUGCCAAUCAAAAGAUAAUGACCUCGGCCAGCAGACUGUGGGUGAUGGAAGUGAAUUUGGGUGGGACUUCUCUCCAAAUGUAUGGGGAACUACUCUGUUCUACUGUAAUAUGGAAUGGGAAAAUGUACGAGAAUAUCAAUUUGAUGCGUAUUCCUUUACCAGGGAUUAUGUUCGAUGUGAGACUGAGUGUUCAUGGUUGAUUUCAAUGGAAGGCAUGUAUGGUCUGAAUGGAAAAACUGGCUUAUGGGAAUUCAUCUAUCAUUGGCCAAACUGA